UCGCUCUCUUUGAUCAGCCCCCGCCUCGCCCCGCUCUGCUCUGCUCGGCUCGAGCUCGACCGCUCACCUCCUCCCUUCCGCCGCCGUCGCGUCAUCGACCGACCAUGGCCGCGCCCGCUGCCACCUCCUCCCCUUUCGACUGCGUCCUCUUAGACCUCGACGACACGCUGUACCCGGGCAGCGCCGGCAUCGGGCUGGCCACGAAGCGCAACAUCGACGAGUUCCUCAUGGCCCGCUGCGGCGCCACGGCGGAGAGGGCCGCCGCGCUCCGCGUCGAGCUCUUCCGCUCCUACGGCAGCUCCCUCGCCGGCCUCAUCGCCCUCGGCUAUGAUGUGCACCCGGAUGAGUACCACAGCUACGUGCACGGGAGGCUUCCCUACGAUCGGAUCGCCGAGGACCCGCAGCUCGCCGGCCUGCUGCGGAGCAUCCCGCAGCGCAAAGUGCUGUUCACCAACUCCGACCGCGCGCACAUGAGGAGGGCGCUGCAGCGGCUGGGCGUCGACGAGGGAUGCUUCGACGCCGUCGUGUGCUUCGAGACCAUGAACCCCCACCUCUUCGGCGAGCAGGCGCCGUGCGACUGCUCCGGCGUCGACCGCUCCGCCGUGAUCCUGAAACCGUCACCCGAUGCCAUCGUCGCCGCCCUGCGCGUUGCCGGCACCAAUCCGCACCGGACGCUCUUCCUCGAUGACAGCGAGAGGAACAUCGCCGCGGGGAAAGCUCUUGGCCUCCGCACCGCCCUGGUUGGCAAGAGGGUGAGGAGCAAGGAGGCUGACUACGCGCUGGAGAGCAUCGGCAGCCUCCGGCGAGCCAUCCCGGAGAUCUGGGGCGGCAUCGCCGUCGCCGGCGAGCAGCUCGACCACGGCGCGGAGAAGGGAAUGAGGCCCGACCUGAGCUCCAUCAUCCAGCCAACGUCAGUCCUGGCGUAAUCGGUUCCUAAUAAUCCAUUUGGCACAUAAACAAAUCACCACUAAUAAAAGCUGCCUCUUAAUUAUAUAUCAUGUAAAUUAUUCUGAUUCCUGAUGCUGAUGCUGAGUGUGUGUGCAGUGUACAUGGGGUCUGGCUGACAAGGAAACAUGUACGUAUGUGUAUGUAUACUAGUUUCUGAUCAGCGUUGGUUGUUGUAAAAUGUAAGUGAUGUGAGCAAGGGAAUAAACAAGUCAUGAAUUGUCUAUGAUUACUA